GAUGGCGUCCUGUCAGUGUCGCUGUGUGUGUCUAAUAGUAAUACCAGCUGCAGCUACAAAUACGCCUCCGAAAUUUCCAUUGUCGUCGAUUCUUGAGCUGAGAGGAAGUACAGGAAUAAGAAGGAGAUUUUCGGGCAUUUCUUCCCCAAGCCCUAGCUUUAGCUUCAGGGGAAGACAAAGACAAUGCCUCCUCUUCAACAUAAAUUCUGAGUCCACUUGUACUACUAGUGGUCCCUUUCAUCGAUGCAACUCUCAACUGGGUGGAGACCUUGCCCCUGCUACCUCUGCAGCCUACGGAGUGCUUCUCCUUGUUGGUGGUCUUUUUGCCUAUACAAGAACAGGAAGCAAAGGAUCGCUUCUAGGAGGCCUUACUGGUGGAUCUCUAAUGGCUGCAGCUUACUUUCUUAUGCAAGCAUCAGAGAUGAAGGAAAUAGGGGAUGCCCUUGCGUUUGGAUCCACCUUCCUCUUUGCGUCUGUAUUUGGUAUAAGAUUGGCAGCUACUCGCAAAAUAAUUCCAGCAGGGCCUUUGUUAGGUCUUUCCAUCUGCGCGUUGGCUGUGUUUAUCUCAGCCUAUCUGCAAGAUAAGUCUCUGAUGUAAGAUAUGUUCCCUAAACAGAGUGGUUACAUUGAUUGAAUCUUGGCAAUGCUACUAGAAAUGGAAAAAUUGCAAGGUAUUUGAUUUUAUAUGAUGUUUUUGUCCUCCUUUUCUGUUCCUAGAUUGAACUAGGAGCUGUUGUUUUUCAGUACUAAUUUCUCCUUUUCAUAAGAUCCGUAUAUUAUACACAUUCAAAGUAAA